CCUGCAUUCGUGUUUGCCUUCCUGUCAGCACACAUACCGCAUUCGUAACCUUUCCUGUAAGUUCCGCUGUUUCCUUGUGCCCAGCUUUAACAGAAUAACGAAGACUACACGGGAGAAAAAGGAGGAUUGUGCGCCAUCCAACAAGGAGCUCUGUAACGGGAAUUCUUGUGUCUCCAGCCAGAACGCUAUCGAAUAAGAAUCCCAAGAGCUAGACGGUGGGUAUAGGCAGAGGAGAAUCAUCAUCAUCAUCAGUAGCAACAACAGCAAGGCGACGCAGCGCAGCAUGGAGGCGGCGGCGAGGCGCGUGGGCACCCUCUUCUACCUGGUGCACCCCAACGCCUCCACCUUCCAGCACGCGGAGGAGGUGCCGGACUACGCCAACGAGGCCGUUCCAGUGGUCAUCAUAAUUGUCAUCCUGGAGAUGGCGGUCAAGCUGGCGAUGGGAAGGCCGUACCGCGUCAACGAGGCGCUCUCCAGCGCGAGUCACGGCGCCAUUCACGAGGUCGGCAGGAUGUUGGUGACGGGAACGAUGCUGCUCGGUUACGAGUGGCUGUACCAGUACCGCCUGCUGGACCUGGCCUGGGACUCUCUCUUUACCUGGCUGGCAGCUUUUGUCCUGGUCGACUUCUGCUACUACUGGGUUCACCGAGCAAACCACGAGCUAAACAUCCUGUGGGCGUUUCAUCAGGUCCAUCAUAGCAACGAGGACUUCAACUUUGCAACGGGUCUUCGCAUCUCCAUGUUUCAGAAACUUUCCCACUUCGGCUUCUAUCAGCCCCUGGCGCUGGUGGGCAUCCCCCUGCCGGCGGUGCUCGUCCACACAAGCUUAAACUUUGUGGCACAGUUUUGGGUCCACAGCAGCAUGGGCAGCCUCGGACCCUUGGAGGGGGUGAUUGCGACGCCGUCCUUCCACCGCGUCCAUCACGGUGCCAACAACUGGUGUCUUGACAAGAAUUACACCAGCGUGCUCGUUCUGUGGGACCAUCUCUUCGGCACCUACGAGCCGGAGCGCGAAGACACUGAGAUCGUGUUUGGCCUCACGCAGCAGCCGCAGACAUUCAACACCCUCUACCACGAGUUCUUCUACUUCGGCGAGGUGUUCCGCAAGGCGCGCAGCAUGUCCACCUGGACAGACUCUCUGAAAGCAGUGUUCUACGGACCCGGCUGGACCCCAGGGUCACCGCGCCUGGGGGACCCUGCCAAGUUUCCUGUCAUAACAGCUCCCAGAACAAAAUAUGACCCUCAGAUUCCCCGUUGGCAGCUGCUGUACAUCGCUGUGCACCUUCUUGUAAUAGCCUUGCUACAGCAGCAACUUUUCACUCGCUACCCGACUGCCUCCUGGGUGACCGUGAUGGUGUUCCUGGUCUUCAUCACCUGUUCUGUGGGCGUGGUGACCGCCAUGAUGGACGGCUGGCGGUGGGCGGGACCAGCAGAGGGCGUUCGCUGCACCGUCUUCCUACUCUACGCUCGUUCCUUAUUUGCUACGCACGUUCCUGUCCUGGACGCCGCCCUCACACUCUUCUUCAGCCUGUGUGCAUUCUUCUGGACGAGUCACAGCUUGGCUCACAGAUACGCCGCCGCCAAGACUCAGAAAAUACAAUAACUAUUGAAACGUUGAUGUUUUGCUGAUUAUGUAAUGUUUGGAAAGUUUUCAUUGAUGAUGUUUUCCUAUAUCAGCGUUGUUAAGUUCGCAGAAGUAAGUAUACAAGUAUGGGGAAUGUCGUCUUAUUCCGCUGAAGCAAUGAGCCUGCAGACGGGAAAAAAAUAAAGGUUUUUCUAUGACACAUUUUUUUUUGUUACAUAUUUCUUGUUUGUCGUCCUUGUUCUUCCAUCGAAUGAAAGAGUGAAAGAGAAAAAAUUAUAUUUAUGAUCUAUUUGCCGUCGCGUUACGUGAGCCGCCUGUCGCCGCCCAGCCGACCGGCAUGGUGCUGGUCAAGGUGCUGGUCAGAGUGGAGCCUCUCUCCACGCGUUGCCGCUGCCGACCAGUACACGGGCCGCAGGAAGAGACAGCACUCUUGUUCUCCGGACACACUGGACUCAAGAGGUGUCGACGAGCAUUUGAUAAAAGAGAAACAACACCAUUGAACUAAACUGCUGCGUGGCUGUCACGGCGCCCACGACUACAACGUAAGCCUGGCGUCAACCGCCCCCUUCAGUGUAUAAAGUGAAGUGGGGAGAAAGAUUUUUCACAUUAAUUCGUAUAAUUCUGUAUAUAUGAUUUGGGCGCCGUGUAGCCCAUGCAGCGCCGGCCACAGUCAUCAAGAGAACAGAGCCUCACUGCUGACCUGUUGCGGUGAAGAAGGCUUGGCCUUGUUAUGCCUUCCCAAGAAUAUUAAAAGGCUGCGGUGAGAAGCGCAUCCAUAGCAGCGGGAAACAUGAACACACGAGGAAAGGCUCCCCAGCAAGUCGACGUGUGAAUAGGCUUGCCUCGAUUUUCUACGGAAAAACAGUGCAAAUGUCGUUUGUUUGUUUUUUGUUCGUUGUCGAUACAGUAGCACCUGUACAAACGUAACUAUAUAUACCAGACCUUCAGACUUUCAGGACUACAGUGUACUCUGUGAUACUUUGCAAAGGAAGGGAAAGCUGCUAAAUCGAGGAACAUUAUAGCGUCCUGAAGAUUCACAUGUUCGUAUACGUGAACACAACAAGUAUCGGCAACGAAACAGUAGUUUUGUUGUCUGAACACGAGGAGUCAGGUCAAUCUGUCCAGUAACUUGUAAGCGACUCCCACUACUUGUUCCUUUAAAGUUUAAACUGCCAAGGUAUUUGAAUCUCUUUAUGAUUC